GUAGUAACCCUGAGUCUGCGGAAGUGGAGACCUUGGGGCAGACAGCUGAGACAGGAGACGAAAGUUGUGGAACCAUAAUUCGUGACAUCAAAGGUUUUGGUUUUUGUUUUGUUUUGUUUUUGUAGACAGUCAUUAUGAGUCCAAGUGAUAAAGGCAGAUAGAAAGGCCCUUCUGAGAUUUUAACAAAGCUCUCAACGACCUACACCAUGGACAUAAAGCUGGACCCUUCUCAAGAUGACUUGCCUCUCAUGGCCAACACCAGCCACAUACUUGUGAAGCACUAUGUACUGGACCUAGAUGUGGAUUUCAAAAGUCAAAUCAUUGAGGGCACUUUAGUGCUUUUCUUUCAGGCUGGAAACAGAUACAGGAAAAAGAGUGGUUCCACUGAGGAAACCUGCCCGUCAGAGUCGAAUGAAGUCUGCAAAUUUAGGAUGCCAGAACCCUGCCAUGUUCCUGUGACAAAUACAAGGACCUUCUCAUCUAAAAUGAGAUGCAAUGAUUUUGCAAUCUGUGGUAAAGGUGAAAAAGAGGCUUCCGGUAAAGAUGGUAACCAUGACAACGGGGAACAGGCUUCUGGGAUUUCUAGCUCAAAGUACUGCUAUGACACAGGGAAUCAUGGGAGUGAGGAUUUUUUGCUAGUGUUGGACUGCUGUGAUUUAUCUGUGUUAAAGGUUGAGGAGGUGGAUGUUGCUGCUGUGCCAGGUAUUGAAAAAUUUACAAGGUCUCCUAAGCUCAGGGUUGUUUCUGAGCUCAGGAAUCAGAUUGUGCAUGAACUUGUGACUCUGCCUGCACAUCGUUGGAGGGAGCAGUUAGACUAUUAUGCUCGCUGCAGCCAGGCUCCUGGCUGUGGGGAACUCCUGUUUGACACUGACAGUUGGAGCUUACAGAUCAGGAAGACAGGGGCUCAGACAGCUACUGACUUUCCUCACGCCAUAAGGAUACGGUACAGAACCAAACCCCAGGGGCGAUCAAUUACAUGGACCUCAGACCAGAGUGGCAGGCCAUGUGUUUAUACUAUGGGAUCUCCCAUAAACAACAGGGCCCUUUUUCCAUGCCAGGAGCCACCCGUUGCCAUGUCAACAUGGCAGGCCACAGUCCGAGCAGCUGCGUCUUUUGUUGUUUUAAUGAGUGGAGAAAAUUCUGCCAAGCCAACACAGCUUCAGGAAGGGUGCUUAAGCUGGCAUUACUAUGUAACCAUGCCAAUGCCGGCCUCUACCAUUACAAUUGCAGUGGGAUCCUGGACCGAAGUGAAGCCAGAGACCUGCUCAUUGAAUGAUCUGGCAGCAGAGAGAUCCUUCUCACCUUCCGAGGCUGACUUCAGGUAUGCGGGCAUUUGUGGCCAUGUGGAAUACCCCUGCCGCUUCCAGAAUACUUCUGCCACCACCCAGGAGAUCAUUCCUCAUCGGGUCUUUGCCCCAGUGUGCCUCAAAGGUGCCUGCCAAGAGACCCUCCUGCAGCUGCUCUCUCCUUGCCUCUCAGCAGCACACUCUGUCCUGGGAACACAUCCCUUCUCCAGGCUGGAUGUACUCAUCGUUCCUGCCAACUUUCCAAGUCUGGGGAUGGCCAGCCCACACAUUGUCUUCCUCUCUCAGAGCACCUUGACUGGAGGGAGCCAUCUUUGUGGGAUCCGUCUCUGCCAUGAAAUUGCUCACUCCUGGUUUGGCCUAGCCAUCGGGGCCCGUGAUUGGACGGAAGAGUGGCUGAGUGAAGGGUUUGCCACUCACCUGGAAGAUGUAUUCUGGGCGAAAGCACAGAAGCAGCUGGCCCCCACUGAGGCCCAGGAACAGCAGGAGCUGCGGGCCUGCCUGCGCCGGCGUCGCCUUCAAGACGAGUUGCGGAACUCCCCAGAGGAGAUGCAGGUGUUGAGACCCAAUAAAGAGAAAACCGGCCAUGUGAGUGACUCAGGAUCAUCUGUCAUCAAACAUGGGCUCAACCCAGAGAAGAUCUUCAUGCAGGUUCAUUAUUUAAAGGGCUAUUUCCUUCUCCGGUUCCUUGCCAGAAGACUUGGAGAUGACACCUAUUUUUCAUUUUUAAGAAAAUUUGUGCAUACAUGUCAUGGGCAGUUGAUUCUUUCUCAGGAUUUCCUUCAAAUGCUGUUGGAGAACAUCCCAGAAGAAAAAAGGCUUGAUCUGUCUGUUGAAAACAUCUUCCGAGACUGGCUUGAGAGUUCUGGGCUACCGCAGCGGCUGCAGACAGAGCUCCAGGCCGGGGCGGAGUGCGGGCUUGUGCGGCAAGUGGACGCAGAGGUCGCGAAAUGGAAUAGACUGAACCGGAGACCCCGAAAACGGAAACGAAGAGGGACCGAAGUGUUUGAAAAGCUUCUUCCAGACCAGCUGGUCUUGCUUCUGGAGCAUCUCUUGGAGCAGAAGGCCUUGAACCCCAGAACUCUGCAGAGCCUCGAAAGGACAUACCACCUCUCCCAGCAGGAUGCAGAGGUUCGCCAUCGGUGGUGCGAACUCGUUGUUAAGCACAAAUACACAAAAGCAUACAAACAUGUGGAGAAAUUCCUUCAAGAGGAUCAGGCCAUGGGCAUCUACCUCUACGGGGAGCUGAUGGUGCAUGAGGAUGCCAGGCAGCAGCUGCUUGCCCAUACCUGCUUCGAGCUGACCAGGGAACAGAUGGACAGGUGCUCAGCUCAGGUGGUGGCUGAGAUGCUAUUUUAAAGAGGAAAGAUCACAGCAAGAUUCUUUCUCAUAAUCUCCCCAUAGCCCUGGUGGGACCAGGAUCGCGCUGACCCUGGACAUCAAAGGAAGGAUUACAGGGCUGCUUGGAGCCAUCAGCCGACAUCAGCGUCCAUGCCUUGGUGCUUCUCUUUGCAGAGGCCGCUCUCAGCAGAACACGUGAGGGCACAUCCUCAUAAACGGUCUCCAUGGCCAUGGGGCCUUGUCCCCCACCCUGAGUGGGCCCCCCUCAACAUGCUGAACCUUCAGUGGGUCUGAAUUGAAGGCAGUACUUUUCACAGAAAUGGUGAAGGAUAUCCGUGCCAUGUUAGAAAACCUGCUAAAUGUUUUGUGUCAGCCCUCUAAGCAUAUAGCUACCUUGGAUAUCUCUAUGAUCCAGAAAAUCACAGAGCUGCUUUACUGGGACUGGUGAACACUGUUUGAUGGUCUUCUCUGGCUCAUUUCAGAGAGAUUUUGCAGAAUUACUUUGAUUCCAUUAUUUAGAUUCCACCCCCCUCCCCCCGCCAACCCAGAUUUUAGUACCUUUUGGUAAAUGUACAGGGUAAGAAUCUAAGAUACAUUAAUAAUAAAAUGUAAUGGAGUAACAUUUUUGUAUGCCUGUUUGCGUCUGAAUUUAAUAUUGUCUUAAAAAGGGAGUUUA